CACAAGCAGCUUCAGACUCCAUUCACCGUUGUUUCACAAGCAGCUUCAGACUCCAAAUCUUGCUCCUCAGCGCCACAUUCUUCCAUCGCCGCUGUUCCAUAACCACAGUCAUCCACCGCAUUCUUCCAUCAUCAAUACCUUUGGGACUUCCAUCACUCUCGUCGUUGUCAUUCAUCGCUCUCGAAACCCGAAGAAGGAUCAAUCAGUCAUAGAGUACAGCGAUUGGCAAAGUACAGGUUUCUGAAGAAACAAUCAGAUCUUUUACUGAAUGCUGAUGAUUUGGAUGCAAUGUGGGUUUGCUUAAGAGAAAAUUGUGUAAUAGACGAUGCUACUGGUGCUGAGAAGUUAUCUUGAGCAGGCCACUAGUGUUGUAUUGUGGAGUCUCUCAUAGAAGUUAAUCUUCAUUUGGACAGAUCCUUAAAGAUAGACGGUUGAAUAAGACUGCUGUUCUUGGUGUCCCUGUGAAAGCCACAAUCAAAGAGGUACUAAAAACAUCGAAUUCGUAAGAUAUGUCUUGGCACCAUCGAGUGUGGAUGUAUGAUAGGUUGAAUCCAACAAGAGGGGGUAUUAAACCUGAGUUUUAUGACAAGGUUGAGGAUUUUAUAGAAACAAUUAGUAAGUUAGAUGUUGUGAAGUCGGAAGGAAAGUGUAGAUGCCCAUGCGUUAAGUGUAGAUGCACAAAUUAUAAAGAGCUGAACAUUAUUAAGAUGCAUUUGUGGGAAAAGGGGUUUAUGCCAAAUUAUUGGAUUUGGACAGAACAUGGAGAGAUUGAUGACAUAGGGAUUAAUCAGAUGGGAUUCAAUAAUUGUGGGGAAGGUGGUUCAGGAAGUGGUGCAAAUGUGGAAGAAUGUGAUAUGUAUGACAUUAGCUGGGAAGAUAACUCCAGAAGGUAUCAUGAAAUGGUUUUCGAUUCUGUUGGUCCAGAGGAUCCUCAUGUAGAGGCUAAAAACUUUUUUGAUCUUCUUGAGGCAACUCAAAAGCCUUUGUGGGAAGGUUGUGUGCACUCUCAACUAUCGAUAGCUGUUAGAAUGCUAUGCAUUAAGGCCGAGGAAAACCAAUCACAGGAGUCAUUUAAGCAGUGGGCCACCUUAAUCAGGGAAAUUGCUCCUGAGGGUAGUGCCAUACCUAGGGAUUACUAUGAAGCUAAGAAGUUAGUGCAAAAUCUUGGAUUGAAGGCAAUCAAAAUAGAUUGUUGCUCAAACAAUUGCAUGUUGUAUCGAAAAGACGAUGCUGCUCUAACUAGUUGCAAGUUUUGUGAAGCACCUAGAUUCAAGCCUAUUUCUGAUGGUGGUUGUAAGUCCAAGAGAGUUCCUGUCCGACGGAUGCACUACCUACCCUUAAUCCCUAGACUUCGAAGGCUUUACGCGUCAAUGAGUUCAGCUCCGCACAUGACGUGGCAUAUAAAAAACCAACGUGAUGAUGGUGUGAUGAUCCAUCCGUCACAUGGGGAGGCAUGGAAAAGCUUUGACCGUAUCCACUCUGAUUUUGCUUUGGAGCCUAGAAACAUUAGGUUAGGUCUUUGCUCUAAUGGGUUUACCCCAAAUAUCCAAUUUAGCAAGCCUUAUUCUUGUUGGCCCGUAAUUGUAAUUCCAUACAAUCUACCUCCUGGAAUGUGUAUGAAAGAUCCUUAUUUGUUCUUGACUUGCUUAAUACCUGGUCCUAAUAACCCUAAAGCCAACAUUGAUGUAUUCUUGGGACCCUUGAUUGACGAAUUAAAUGAGUUGUGGAAUCCUGGUGUUUUGACAUAUGAUAUUGUAGAAAAGAAGAAUUUCGUCUUAAAGGCAGCAUUGAUGUGA